GUUUUGUAGCCAAUCGGGUUUCGAGGAAACAUACCUUGGCUCAACAGCUUGUUAUUUCGCUUAUUGCUUUCCGAUCCUGGCAAGUGAGGAGAAGUCGAAUCUGAGAAUAAAUCGCACGGUUUCGAGCUGGAAUCCCUCAAAUAACCCUUAAAAUGAAGGCAGUGGAUGAGCCUGCCUAUCUCACAGUGGGAACCGAUGUGAGUGCCAAGUACCGAGGAGCCUUUUGUGAGGCAAAAAUUAAAUCGGUGAAGAGGCAUGUAAAAGUCAAGGUAUUUUUAAGGGGUGAUAGUUCUACACAAGUAGUGCAAGAUGACCAAGUGAAAGGACCCUUAAGGGUUGGCGCAGCAGUGGAAGUGAAGAGUCCUGAUGGCUCAUGUCAUGAAGGUGUUAUCAGCAAGCUGACAGAUGCUAGCUGGUAUACUGUAGUGUUUGAUGAUGGAGACGAGAGGACGUUGAGGAGAACCUCCCUUUGCCUUAAAGGUGAACGACAUUUUGCAGAAAGUGAGACGCUGGAUCAGCUGCCACUAACUAAUCCUGAGCACUUUGGCACCCCUGUCAUCGCAAAAAAAGCAAACCGAGGAAGGCGGUCAUCACUUCCAGUUACUGAGGAUGACAAAGAAGAAGAAUCCAGUGAAGAAGAAGAUGAAGAUAAAAGGCGUCUACAUGACGACCUGCUCGGCAAAGUUGCCUGUGUACAGAGCAGCUCGGAUAAAACAUCAUCAUAUCUUGCAUUGGUGCUUUCUCCAAGCUGUAGCGAUGACUUGGCAAUUAAAAAGGACCAAUGUUUAGUGCGCUCAUUUGCAGAUUCCAAAUUUUACACUGUCGCAAGAAAAGAUAUCUUGGAGCUUGAUGUGGAGAGCUUAUUAAAGCCAGAAUAUUCAUCUAGAAAAGGGCUUCAGGAAACUAUAAAGUUCUUGAAAACUAAGGUCAUUCCAGAAAGCUGGAAGAUGGAUAUGAGUGAAAUUCUUGAGUCCUCCAGCAGUGAAGAGGAAGGUGGAGAAGGUGGAGCUAGUGACGAAGAUGAAGAGAAAGAUGAAGAGGAGGAGGAAGAAGAAGAGGAAGAGCCAGAGGAAGAGCCUGACCCAGAAGAAAAAGACAAUUUCCUUCAACAGCUGUAUAAAUUUAUGGAGGAUAGAGGAACUCCAAUAAAUAAACCUCCAGUUCUAGGCUACAAAGAUCUGAAUCUCUUCAAACUUUUUCGAUUGGUAUACCACCAAGGUGGCUGUGACAAUAUUGAUAGUGGAGCUGUGUGGAAGCAGAUCUACAUGGACCUUGGCAUUCCAAUUCUCAACUCUGCAGCAUCAUACAAUGUUAAAACUGCAUACAGGAAGUACCUUUAUGGCUUUGAAGAAUAUUGUAGAUCAGCAAACAUCCAGUUUAGAACUAUCCACCAUAAUAAUCCUAAACCUCAAGUGGUUAUAGAAGAAGAAGAAGAUAAAGAGGAGACAAAAGAAAAAGUUAUUGAUCAGGCAGUUGUAUCUGCUACCGAAGAUGAAGAGUGUGAGGAAGAAGAAAAGCAAGAGGCAGAUGUGGAUGUGGAUGAGCCUGUAGCUCAACUUGAGAAAACCCAGGAAGCGGAGGAUGAGGAGGAGGAGGAGGAGGAUGACGACGACGAUGAUGAAGAAGAUGAAGAGGAAGAUCAUGAUUCCGGUAGCGAUUCUGAGAGUGAUAAAGAUCAAAAAGAGAUUCAUUCUCCAAGGGUACGUAGCAGAAGAAGUAUGCCAGUUAACAACGUCUUGGAAACAAAGGAAUCUCCAAAACUGGACAAAUUAAGAGAAGAUAAUAAAGCAGAUGCUGAAAAGGAGGAGAUGACAUCAGAGAAAACCGAGAAAGGGUCCAAUGAAACGCCACCAAGGAGAACUCCAUUAAGACAAAAAGUUGAACGGCGACAUAGACAGCAAGAAGAUUCGGAAAAAGAGUCUGAUGAGGAGGACAGCGAGGAAAAGGCCAAUGAAAGAGAAGAGAGUGAGGCUAAGGAUGAAUUUGAAGAGGAGGCCGAGGAAGACAGUGACCAUUGCUUAAUGGGAACUAAAGUUCGUGUGAAAUAUGGCCGGGGAAAGACCCAGAAAAUCUAUGAAGCGAAUAUUAAAAGUACUGAAGUAGAUGACGGUGAACUUCUGUACUUGGUUCAUUAUUAUGGCUGGAAUGUAAGAUAUGAUGAAUGGGUGAAAGCUGAUAGAAUCAUCUGGCCUGUAGACAAGUGUGGUACAAAAAGGAAACAGCGAAGGAAAACAAAAAGUAAAGAGGAAUGCGAGAAAGACGAGAAAAAGGAAGACGACAAAUAUAACAAAACAAAGAGAGGCCGGCCACCUUUGAAGAUAACUCCUUCCAACUCCUCUUCCCGCAGUGCCUCGAAAAGAGCCAGCAGUGAAAGUCGGCUGAGCGGCAAAAGCCCACUGCUUUCUGAAGCAUCUGCAAUUUCAAAUGGAUUUGAAGAGACGCCGAGAAGACGCACGAGGCACACGUCUGGAUUGUUUGAUUCUGAUAAGGGCUCUAAUGAUUCUGGCAAUUCAUCUGAAGAAAGUGAUGUAGAGGACACAUCUGAAAGUAAAGCUGAAGAAAACGAGAAACCAGACACACCAGAAGAAAUAAAAGAACAUCCUCUGCAGAAAGAAGAUGACAAGCCCAAAGCAGCAGAGGAAUGUCUCGGAGGUCCACCAGAGCAGCCUGAAAAUGUCAAAGUAGUUCCUGAAAAAAUACCUUUGAAAUUGGAGGAAGAAGAAAAACCAGAGCCUGACUCUUCAAUAACACUCGAAGACGUGAAGGUAGCACAAGAUGACUUGAAGAAGGAAGCUGAGAAGUCCCCAAAAAACAAAGGCAGAAGAAGUCGAUCCAAAGAACAGAACACUGAUGGCGCUAAGUUGUGCAGUAGUCACAUAACUGAGGUCAAGUCUUCUGUAACGGAGAUUCCAGAAAACUUGGAUUUGGAGAAGAUCCCAGAUACUUCAAAAGUUUCUGAGCCAAAAAUGAAAGACUCUGACUCUGAUUCAGAGAGAGAGGAACUCUAUACAGACGACAAAAAGCCAGCGAAACGAAAAGUCAUUGAGCAACAGCCACCUGAAAAAAGGUUACGGAUAGACAGGCCUAAUGAACAGCAACUGGAGACUCCAGAGAAGUCAGAUGAGCAUGGGGAAAGGUGUCCUGAUCUUCCUGAAGUGGAUGAUGAAAUUAAAAAUGAAAUGCCUGCUCUGUCUCCAGAGGUUGAGUGCAUACCUGAACACGUGGGCAUCACUUCGCCCAUAAAGAUAACUGAAGAGGGCUUGCUGAAAAUGGAGGACGAUUUCAUGCCACAGAUUGGGCCUGAAGCUCUCGUUUGCCAUGAGGUUGACCUGGAUGACUUGGAUGAGAAAGAGAAGUCCCCAAGUGAGGAUGUCCCCAACGAGAAGCCCUUUAGUCCGAAGGUUCCAGCUGAUGUGACUUCCCUAGGCCACCAGGGAUUUUCAGAGCCCUCUCCCACAGUGUUCAGCCCAGAGGAAUCACGUAGCUCUAAAAGUGAAAGUGACACCACAAUCGAAGUGGACAGCGUAGCAGGAGAAUCUCAAGAGGGUCUCUGUGAGAGCGAAUCUGCAAACGGCUUUGAGGCCAGUACCAGUUCUAGCAUCUGCAGCAUUUCGCUGCAAGAAAGAGAAAGUAAGGAGCGAGGCCAGAAAAGGUCCAGUGACUGCAACAGUAGUUCACAUGCGAAGAAGCAGAAGCGCAACCAAAAACGAGCGAGUGCAGCCUCCCAGAAUGAGAAGAAUGGAGCAGGGCACAGCAGUGACAGUGAAGACCUUCCUGCCAGUGAAAGCUUCAACAAAUGCACUCCAGCCAAACACUCCAACAUUGCCAAAGCUCCAAAACUUACGAGGUCCCCUGCACAUGUGAUUUCACCUCACAGCAAAGAUGGAGACAAAGAAAAACACAAAGAGAAGACGCCUGCUCACUCUUGCCCUAAAACAUACAAGUGGACGUUUCAGCUCACGGAACUCGACAACAUGACCAGUGCUGAUAGAAUUACCUUCCUUCAAGAAAAGCUGCAGGAAAUCCGAAAAUACUACAUGUCAUUGAAAUCAGAAGUGGCCUCAAUUGACAGGCGGCGCAAAAGGUUAAAAAAGAAGGAGAGAGAAGUUUCCCACACGACGGCGUCCACGUCAUCGGGUUCGUCCGACACUGGAAUGAGCCCGCCUUCUGCUUCUCCAACCCAGAACACUGUUGUGGUGGAGUGCAGGUGAUGAAACGCAUCCCCUCGUUUUUAAUGUUCACCGCAACAAACUGCCUCUAAGGAUGCAAGUGCAGCAAGAGAAAGAGACUCCCUGGUGUUCAUGAGAGGAAAGCACUCAGUCGGAUUGACCUUCCCAGUCCAAUUCUACGCACUUUUGCUGUUUGGCUUCCAGUUUGCAGUCACACAAUGUCAGAUUCCACUCCAAGUGUUCGACAGGACACUGAAGAGGAGGUGAAUGUAAGAUGCAUUUUUGGUUUGCUUUACACAAAGGCUACACACUCAAUCUCCUUUUUUUCUUACAGUACAAGGCACUUUUCUGUAAAAACUCUCCUCUCCCGUUCCUAAUCACCAGACCAGCCUGAAGGCGUCUAGACGCACGCUGGCAUCUGCUGACUGCAGCUGUAUGGCACUUGGGACUGGUCGGCGUCCGCUCUGGGUGGGAGAAUGGCGAAGCCAGGUACAGUAGUAGGCAGACGCACACGCGGGCGUUUGCUUUGCACAACUGCCAAAGUACACGUGUUCAGCAGAGUGCCCUAUUUUCAAAGAGGGAUAAAAUACAUUUUGCAGAAGGGGGUCUAGCUCACCGAAAACCGCGAUGGGUUGUGUCUUCCACUUUUUAGUAUUUUGAGCACAGAAUUAUGCAAAUGAGAUUAUACUUGUUUACGGUGGAAUUGCAAAAAAAACAAAAAACAAAACAGGUUUUCGGUGGGCUAAUUUCCUUGGCCAAGGGUAUUUUGUCUUUUUAUAUGUAAUUGCAGAGUUUUUAUUUUAUUACAAAAAAAAAAAAACUUCAAAAAAUGUAAGUAUGACAACAAUGAAGUUAUUUAAUGAAAGAUUUCUAGACCUUACAGUUUUGUGUAUUAAAAAAGGAAAAAAAAAAAAAGAGAAAGGUGUUGCAGCUUGUUAAAUAUAUUUAUUGAGACCAUGGAUAAGAAGAACAUUUUUUUUUUUUUUUUUUUUUUUUUUUUUUUUUUAAUGUAUUUUUGACAACAAACACAACAAAAACAUAACACUCUCCUCACUCUGGGUGUAACUUACAAAUGACAAAAAUUUACUUCAGUGGAAAAACGUCCAAAAGGAGAGGCGAGAAUGGAGUGACUCCACUCUGUCCGUGAGCGUCGCCGUCGCCCACUUCUCCGAUUUCUCGCCUUACUACAGCGCCAAAGUUUUGGCCCGUGGCUUCUUGAAUGUCAACCGUUGGUCCCGACAACAAUUCCGGUGGCUUAAACGUUGCAUUCCUCUCCCGUGGGACGUUUUUUCCCCCCCAUUUUGUAGGAUGCCCUGGUAGCCCCAGUUGCACCCAUGUUUUGGAUGACUUUUUUUGGGGGGUUAUCUGAAAAUAUUGAUUUGGAACAUUUUGGACCCUCCCCGUCCUGAGAGUGCACCAUUUGCUGGCAUUGCCUUGCCCUUUUGUGACUUUAAUUUAUUAUUAUUAUUUUUAUUUUAUUUUAUUUUUCUGGCCUGGUACGGGGUAUGCUUGUACUUUUCAGUUUUCCCAAAUGAAAACUGGAAAAGGGGGAACUUGUCAGACCAGCCUAUGGGUUGUCCCAGAUAUUCAGCGACUCUUUUUGUAUAUACAUCUUUCAGAAACCAUGUAUUUCAAAAAUACAUUUUGCAUAUAAGCUGUAUAAAAAUGAAAGUGAUUUAUUUUAUAUUUUUUUUAUUCAUCUUUGUACAUUUAAACUUUUUGUGCCCCUUUUUGUAAAUGUUAAUACUCUAGAGAGCUAGCGCAAAUCCUUUAGAUUGUAUUAUAUGAACCUGUGGUUCAAAGCAACACUGGGCCUGAAACAGACCCUUUAGUAUUAAGUAGACCUACAGAUAUAUUGUACAUUUUAUGUUUUAUAAACAUUUUAUUUCCUUAUUGUGAAAGAUACAUUUCUUUAAAGGAGAAUUUCAUUUUUAGUUUUCUUCCAUUUCAUGGGCAGUGAAGGAGAAAGUUUGACACUUUUUUCUGUCAUUUCCUGUACAAAUCCAUUGUAUUGUUCUGUCCACAGCCCCAUGCUGAGUAUUAAUAAAGACAUUUUAAAAUA